AUGGCCACCACUCCACAAUCAGAGACUGUGCAGUCGAUCGCUGCACCGUCUGAGCCCGUUGACGAUUGGGCGGGCCUUACCGACCCGGCUGAGCGGCGAAGACGCCAGAAUCGGAUUAAUCAGCGGGCCCACCGACGACGUCUGCGGCAGGCGAAUAAGGACGUUCAUCCUAAGAGUGUGGUCGCUUCUCCGUCCACUGCGGUAGUGCGAUCUGGGAACAGUUCCUUGGAAGGUGUUUCUGAAAGCUCGCCGGCAGAAAUAAAGGGCAAUGGCUGUCUUCAACCUGGAUUUGUGCGCAUGUUAUUCCAUCGGUUUGCCGAGACGGCGUACCAACGCUACAUGCUCGGAGAUCCUACCUCCGACCACCUCUUGACGCUGACAAGAGUCAACGUCUUCCGAGCAUGUGGAAACAAUUUGAAAAGUAUCGGAUUCAACAUGGAUGAUAUGACCGACGACGCGAUAUCGCCUUUCAGCCUCGCCUCAAGCCCAGAAGAGUUAUUAUCGAUUGAUAAUACCCAGAUGCCCCUCAGCCUCCGACCGACCAAGAUCCAAAGAACAGUACCCCAUCAUCCUUGGCUCGACUUCUUCCCUUUACCGAAAAUGCGCGACAAUCUGAUCGAGGCGGGCGAUGAUUGGGACGAUGAACAGCUCUGCCACGAUAUCAUGGGCUUCUGGGAUUCUCCGACAGAUGGUCAGGCUGGGCUGCUGGUCUGGGGAGAGCCUUGGGAUGUGAAGAAUUGGGAGCUCACAGAAGCAUUUCUCAAGAAAUGGCAAUGGGUGGUGAGGGGAUGUCCCGAGCUGAUGAAUUCCACCAAUGCUUGGCGAGCGAAACGUGGUGAAAAAUUGAUAUUCCGCUACAUCUAG